AAAAUCGCAACACUUGUUGGUACAAAAAAUUACUACAAAAUACUACUACAACCCCAGCAACAACACACUAUGUCCAGUAAGUAGUUCCUCCAACAAAACGCAUAACCCACCACAACUACCCAACGUGCCCAGCGUGUUCUUCAAGCCCCAAAAGGGCCACCGUUAGGCAGUGAGUAGCACAUGGUUUGGGGUUGUUUUUGCUAAGGUAAGGGUUGCUUGCUUUCCAACGUAUGAAUGAGCGAGUGAGUGAGUGCGGGUGGCGAUUGGUGAAUUGGGCUGAAACUCUUGUUCUUCUUCCUCUCCUUAUUCUUGUUAUUUUUCUAAUUUGCUCCAUUUUGCUGUGCGCCUAACACAUAAGACGUUGAAAGCGCGCGCGUAUAUUCACCGUAAACAGAAAGAAAAAAUAAGUUCUUAUGUCAAUAAAAAAAAGCUUGUCCACCCCAUAAAUGGGGGAUCACAGUGACUAACGAUUGAGUGACCACAAGUCCAAGUCCUAGUUGUGUUUACGUGUGCGAUGUCUCCAUGCUUAAAGUGGUAGUUGGCUGGUUGCACACGAGGAUGAAUAGAAUAAAAAAAAAACUUCAAACUGACCGAUCGGCCCAAGCUGACGACACAAUGCGAGUGGCAAGUGUGUUUAAAGAAAAAAGCGCGAAAGAAAAAGUUUUUGGUCAACGCUGCUGCAAUGAGCCGAGCGCACCGUACGAGACAGCUCGGUUGCGCGCUCGCUCGCAUAUACAUAGGCAUGUGUAUACUCAGUUGCGCGCCUCUUCUAUGCAAUUCUCAUAUACACACAGAGAGUUGUAUUGCGUCGCCAGCAGGUGGUAGGCAGGCAAGUUGAAUGUGGUUUGCUCGGAUGGAUGGACGGCCGGAUGGCUAGUUGGUGGACAUUUGACAGACUAGCGUUGUUGACAUGGGACACUGGGCGCUCUGCUGUUCUUGCUAUUGCAGUAGUGACCAACACAACACAUUUUUCUAUUGCUCUUAUGCGCACGCUGUGCUUCCUAUAUACGUACCUGCACUCACUCACUCACUUCGCGCUCACUCGCACACUUGGCGCGCGCUGUCGACGUCGCUGCUCGGCGCAUCUCGGCACCCUAUCUGCAAUGCUGUGAAUUGCUAAAUUCUAUUCUGUUUAGUGUUAGGCGCUGGGACUUUGUCUUUUAGCCGCAAUGACAGUGGGCGCACAACCUCAGUGCAUGCGAUGGCUAACGCACGUCUCCAGCGCAUCAUCACGGACGUACGACGCGAUUGAUUUGCAACUUGUAACGAGCAAUAUUCGUCAUCAGCAGUAUGAAUAUUAAUUUACUAAAAUGAUCAGAAUUCGCUAACGUGAGCACACAAAUCGACAUUAUAACUAAAUAAGAAUUAAAAGAAAAGAAAAAAAUUACUAGUGAAAAAAACCAAGCAGAAAGAAGCUACAACAACAAAACUACAAAAAAUAUCGUCAGAAUACAGGUACUGCGGAAGAAAAGUGGAAAUUAAGCAAAAAAUUACAUGCGAGAGUAAAAAAAAUAAACAAUUUACAAAUUAAAGAUAUAAAAAUUAAAAAAAAAAUACAAAUUGUGAAUGUAUUAAAUCCAAAAAAAAGAAACUGUUUCGAUGAAGACAAAUUAUUAAAAAAAAAUUUACACACUUGUGAAAUUGUGAAAAUUCAGAAAACUUGCAAAAAAAAAUAAAUAAAAGGAAAAAAAUGAGUUCAACUUGAGAGAAAAAAAUGAUAAAAAGUUGAAAUUAAUUUAAAAAUGUGCAGAAAAAUUGACCAAAAAAAUUGCGAUAAAAGUGAACAAAAUCGAAAAGUUACUGCUUCGCUGUCAAAAAUCGCCACUAAAAAGAGCAGGAUUGUUAAAAACAAAAUCAUAUAUUAAAUCUUCAAGAAACCCGGAUUUGACGACAACAGCGCACAGACAUUACUGAUACGAGUGUUGUGAUUGGUUGGAAAAAAUUUUCCGUCGAAAGCAAAAAAAUUCAAGAAUUCACUUUUUUUUCAUUUUUCGGUAAAAAUUUUGCUGUGAAAAAAAAAAAAUUGUUAAACACUAAAAACACUUGCUGCUUUCAUACAUAUAUACAUUGCUGUGCUUUAAAAAAAAAAUAUUAACACAUCAGAAAAAAUACUAGCUACUAGUUUUUGUUGUUAAUUUUUGUUUUUGCCAAAAAAAAAAAAAAACGCUGCUCUUCAUGAACAAAACUCACACGCCCACAAAAAUAUGGACUUUUACAUUAAGAAAAAAAUUAUAAUAAAUUGUUUACUCGUUAAAACUGCAACUCUGCGACACGUUGAAAACACCGAAAAAAAUUGUAAAACAUUAAAAAAUUCUGUUUUCGCCCAAAAAAAGUAAAAAUAAUAAUAAACAACAAGACAAAAAGCGCAGACUGAGUGACGAAGAAAGCUGGAGAAAGCAAAAAAUAGUAUUGUAUUGUAUGUAUAUAUAUAUUGCCAACAACAGCGCACAGCUCAAAAAGGUGUUUAUUUAAUUACAACUAUUGUUGUUGUUGUUAUUUUACGUUAUCAAAUAGGCGAAAAAAUUGCAAUCAGAUUUCGUUGUUGUUGGCUGCCAUAUUACACAUUUGCAAAUAUUUGUGCACAAAGUGUUUGAACGUGGUUAGCGCACUUUAUUUAUAAUAAAAAAUUUACAAUAAAAAUUUUCAAAAAAUUAUUUUCAAAAAUUUUAAUCAGUGUGUGUGCUCAUGAAAAUUAUGACUUUGGAUUCCUUAAAAAGCAAUUGAAAAUAAAUCCAAAAAAAUUAAUAUAAAAAAAUACGUUAAAUUCACUGUACUCUUUUUUAUAUACUUGUUCUCAAAUACCAAAAUAACUGUUUUGUUUUUCGUUAACAUAUGUUUGUGUGGCGCGUGUGUUAGAUUUACGUUCCGUUUUAAUUUUUACAAAUGGAUUGCAAUUGCACUUCAAAAACUGGAUGGUUUAUCGUAGCUUUCGUAGCCAAGUGCAUUGAAACAACAACAACAACAAUAACAGCAGCAGCAAUAAAAACACGAAAAUCAACAACAACGCCAACAGUGAAAGCAUUUCAAUUAUUAAAUACAGCUGAUAAUAAUACUACGAAAGCUAAAGCUUUGAAAGCAGUUAGCAGCAACAGCAGCAGCAGCAUUUUGACAGGAAGCGUGUGGUCGUUUGUCGUCAUACUGAAUUGCUUUUAAAUUAUUUUUACUUUAUGUGAAUUUCCAUUCAAAAACCCAAACCGAGUCAAAAUUCCAAAUUCAUACUCAACGUCGUCUACGCGUUGAAAGCUCUGGAGAAAAAUACACAAAUACGAACUCACUCGAAACACGCAUUCAGCGCGCGGUAAAACAAGAAAACAAAAAUAACUUUGGCCUUUUCCCUUCUACAUAACAUAUUCGAAUCAUAACGGCAAAAAAAGUGUUCAAACAACUAUAGUGAGUAGAAAUUACUUAAAAGCAUUAACGGUAAUUAUAACGGCAAGUAAUAUAAACAUUUCAUGAAAACUCAAAGCGGAUAUACAUUUUGGAAGCUUAAAAAACGACUAUAAAAACCUAAACUUCUCGGCAAUUACCAAAAAAAAAAAACAGGCAUACGCAGUUACCGAAGUGAAAGCGCAUUUUAAAUGAAAAUUUUCAAUAGCGACAUACGAAAAAUUAAAAAGUUAAAGUUUUUGUUAAAAUCAAGCAGAUUUGCAUUCUGAUUAUUUUAGUGAAAGCACAGCUCGCAAUUGAAAGUUCAUAAAUGUUAAACUUUUUUGACGAAAGCUCCUGGAUAGAGUUUUUUUAAAUAAAAUUUAAUAAAUUCAAGUCGAAAUUCAAAAGCUCUCUGAAUUUCACAUAUUUCCGCAACCCAACUCUAAAAGCUCGUACAGCCAACUCUGCCUUUCUGUGUUUUAAAUUUUCUCCUGUGUGUCAGUGUUUAUCUUCCUUCAUUAAAGAAAUUAAAUCAUAAAACAAAACAAUUAUUAUUUCAAAAGAAAAAAGUGAAAUUAGUAAGUGUGUUCGCAAAUUCCGCAAAAAGAGGCAAAAGCAUUUUGUGUAAUAUAUAACAAAUUCUAAAGAAAAUUUGAAAUAACAACAACAAAAACUGCAAAAGUAACGAUUACAUACAUAUAUAAAAAAAAAUCUGCAACCAAGCACAACAACAGCAACAACACCAAAACGGCAAGACGGCCAAACAAAAUAUUUAUCUUAUGGAUUGCUGGACGGGUAACGCCCGACUGGCGAGUGUUUUAGUUUAAGCAGCGUAAGCUGUCACCGACAUGGGCAGUGAGCACUACUGCUUGAGGUGGAACAAUCAUCAAUCCAACCUGUUAGGGGUGUUUAGUCAAUUAUUACAGGACGAGAGUCUGGUGGACGUAACAUUAGCUUGUUCAGAGGGCGCCCUCAUCAAAGCCCAUAAGGUGGUCCUCUCGGCCUGUUCGUCAUAUUUCCAGAGCCUUUUUCUGGACCACCCCGAAAAGCACCCAAUUGUGAUAUUGAAGGACGUCCGAUUAGCCGAACUGAAAACAUUAGUCGAAUUCAUGUAUAAGGGCGAAGUUAACGUGCAAUAUUGUCAGUUGUCGGCUUUGCUCAAAACGGCCGAGUCGUUAAAAGUUAAGGGCUUAGCCGAGAUGACCAAUCAGAAUACAGCACUCAGAGAGCCAGAACGUGAACCGGAUCGCUUGAGACCGCAUUCGCAGCCAAUCAAGAGCACCUGUGACAGUCCCGUCGACACAGCGCUUUCGUCCGGGUCAACCACAUUGUUAGCCACCUCAGCCGCAAACUUAGCCAAUACAAGCACUUCGUCGCCAGCCGCUACAGCUUCGUCUCAGUCUGUUUCAACCUCAACAAUCGCCACCUCAGCCUCGACCACAACAGCGUCCGGCAGUGCGACGCCAGUCAGCAGCACAGCCUUAGCCUCAGCGUCCUCAGCAACCACACCAACCACGUCCACGUCAAAUUCAACAACCGGCCUGGCCGGUACAACAACUACGGCAUCCACAGCGCAAAAACGUGACGCUAGUGGUGAACGUGGCGGCGGCGGCGGCAGCAGUCCGUCAUCAGCGCCACCCACUAAGCGUCAACAAAUGUCACCCGAACGUGACUCUUCACCGCUGCCGCUUGAUCUCUAUCAGGGACGUGGUGGUGAAAUAACCACAGCCGUUGCGGAAUGUGGCGCACAUGCCACGAGCGAAGAACGCGAUGCGGCAGCGCAUGCCAUUAGCAAAAAUAACAACAACACUAGUAGUAAGAAUCCGAAGUCCAGUGGUGCUGGUGCAAGCGGUGGUGGCAGCAGCUCCACGCCGGCAACACAGCACAACAAUGGCGAUAACAAGACGACAAGACGACGCGUGGAUACGGACGAUGAGGAGGACGAUGACGAUGAGUCACAACAGCAACAUGGCGUUAUCGGUGCGCUCGAUUCACCGCUGGGCGUACGCCCAAGUUCGUGCAGCGUACUCGAUGUGGUGGAAAAAAUCGAAGAGCCCGAUAGCUAUGACGAAGAAAUGGAUCUAGAUGAUGACGUUGACGAUAACAGCUCUAACGAUGCUAUGGGGUUGAAUAUGAAAAUCGGCGCGGCAAUUAGCCACACAGCUGCAGCGUUGGCAUUACCCUCACCACUUGGCGGUGGUAGUGGUGGUGGUGGCGGUGAUCCGGAAUCAGCGCGCUCCACACCAGCUGCAGCGACCAGCUCGGCGGCGUCCGCGUGUGGUGGUCUCAUACUCGCCUCGGAUCUCACACAUCGCGCCACCUCGCGUAGUCCACGCGAUGUGAGCACAGCGGUGGGCAGCGAACGGCCGGGUAGUAGUGGUGUCUGCGGUUUGCCCUCCACCUCCGCGGCGUGUGCCGGCAUGAGUCCCAGCUCGUCAGCGGCGGCAGCAGGUAGUGAAUCUUUGACAGGCGCGUCCGGUUUAGGGCCAGUUCAAUCUGUGCCGCUGUCGCUCAAGAAGGAGAUCGAUUGCAGCGAGGAUGACAACAGCAACAGUCGACAUAUGCAUCAGCCGCGCUCAGCGUCGGCGGGUGGCGGUUUGGGUGGCGACUUAGACUAUCGUCUCACCACACACGAGUCGGUAAGUGCAGAGAAACCCCUUAAGUUUUGGCUUAUCCGUUUUUUUAUACAUUCAUAGCAAGCAAAAAGAAAAUAAUCACAAAACAAAACAAAAAAAAACAAAAAAAAAAGAUAUAUAUACAUAUGAAAAGUGUUUAGUUUUUCUUUUGUUGACGUUUUCACUCCUGUUCGAUUUCGAUUAUCAAACUCAAAUGAUACCGUUACAUUACCGUUUACUACUUACUACUACUACUACUACUUCUACUAAAUACUGCAUUUAUCUCAAUAUCACCAAGUAUUAUACAAUUUAUAUAAAUAUAUAUUUAUAUAUUUUUUGCUCUUCGUCGUGUUCUUUGUCUAUGAAUUUGUUUACCUUAUGCAUAACUACAUAUCUACGUACAACACGUUUAAUUUGUUUUUUUUUUUUCUUUUUAUGAUUCACUAGACUACUCUUUUUAU